AAUGCUCACGUUUGCGAAACUGAAAGUACGUGACGAAGACACUUUACCACAGUACCCAAGUUAUUUUCGAUAUUGACCUAGGCAGGAGUCAGACACAAUUUACCGUAGUUUAAAUGGCAAAGAAUUGAUUGUGGCAUAGCCAGUUGUGACAAUCGUAGUUAGAGUACCUUCUGUUGCAAGCUAAUUAAACUAAUUAAACAAAACCGAUUGCAGAACACAGUGAGGGUGAACAACUCACUUGUAAAACAAUGUCGUCAUUAUCUGAGGAGUCAACAAGCUCUGUUGACACAUUUAAGCCUGCAGAUGGUGGUUGGAGCCUGCGUUAUGUGACGGGGGACCUGUUCUCUUGUCAUGAAGAUGAAGCCCUGGCCCACUGUAUUAGUCAGGACUGCAACAUGGGGGCUGGUAUUGCAGUUACAUUUAAUAAGACAUUUGGUGGAGUGGCUGAGCUAAAAGAACAGAAGAAGGAGCCAGGGCAAUGUGCUGUUCUCAAAAGACACAAGCGCUUUGUGUACUACUUGAUAACAAAGAAAAAGUACAGCCAUAAACCGACCUAUGACUGCUUGAGGCAGAGCCUUGAGGACAUGAAGGCUCAUUGCCUGCAAAACAGAGUAACCUCAAUAUCAAUGCCUCGCAUUGGCUGUGGCCUUGAUCGACUGCACUGGGACAAAGUGGAGGAGAUGCUUAAGCAAGUUUUCCAGACUACAGAUAUUAGCAUCACUGUCUACAUCCUCCCUUUCAAACCUAAGUAGAAACCUAGACCACAGAAGAAAAGUCUCAGCUGAUGUUUUCUGUAACCUAAAAUAAAGACUGACC